AUGAAGUCUGCUGUGCUCCUUUCGGCUCUUUUUCCCAGUGCACUGGGCGCAACUAUCUACAUGGCCGGUGAUUCGACCAUGGCCAAAAACGGCGGUGGAUCAGGCACGCAGGGCUGGGGUGAAUAUGUCUCGCCAUAUACCUCAUUGACGGUGUCCAACAAGGCUAUCGGCGGCCGCAGCGCACGUUCAUACACUCGCGAGGGCCGAUUCGACGCUAUCGCAGACGUUGUGCAGUCUGGAGACUGGGUCGUCAUUGAGUUCGGACACAACGACGGUGGUUCGCUGAGCAGUAGUGACAAUGGACGUACCGACUGUCCUGGCACGGGAAGUGAAACCUGCAGCACUACCUAUGACGGGGUUGCAGAGACGGUUCUCACCUUUGGCGCCUAUGUCGAGGCGGCUACGAAGAAGUACAUAGCCAAGGGUGCCAAUGUGAUCAUCUCCUCCCAGACUCCUAACAACCUCUGGGAAACUGGCUCGUUUGUUUACUCCGAGCCUCGAUUCGUGGGAUACGCUAAAACGGCGGCGGCUAAUGCUGGGGUUCCCUACAUCGACCACUUUGCGUAUGUCGCAGACCGUUUCGAGUCGCUUGGUGCUACUACGGUUGACAGCUACUUCCCAAAUGACCACACCCAUACCAGUGCCGAUGGUGCGUCUGUCGUCUCUCAGGCAUUCUUCAAGGCUGUUGUCUGUGGCGAUGUCGCUCUGAAGAGUUCUCUGACCACCACUUCUUUCCCCGGUUCUUGUCUCUGA